AUGUUUAUAAAAGGAAAACCCAUUCGAUUUGGUUUCAAAUACUGGGAUUUAUGUUCGUCUGAUGGCUAUUUGUAUUCGUUCAUUCCGUACAGCGGUGCAAAUGAGAAUCGAGAACCCGAAUACAAAAACUGCGGCUUAGGUGAAAUGGUCGUACUAAAGUUUUUGAAACAACUUGACAAUCCACGUGAACAUAGUGUUGCGUUUGACAAUUUCUUCACUUCUCAUAAAUUGAUAAGUCACCUCACCUCUUUGGGAUAUUAUGCUACCGGAACUAUUCGUGACAAUCGUACGAAUAAAGCGAAACUUACUGACGUCUCGUCGUCUAAGAAGAAAGAACGCGGUUGGUUAGAUUACACAUUUGAUCGAAACAAUAAUGUGCUGAUAGCCCGAUGGAACGACAAUUCUGUUGUGACCAUUGCAUCAAAUCAUGAGACAAUUGAACCACUGCAUCGUGUGAAGCGAUGGAAAGGCGGCAAGAAAUAUUAUGUUGAUAUGCCACACAUCGUGCGAGCAUACAAUAAUCGAAUGGGUGGUGUUGAUCUCUUCGAUAAUGCCAUGAACAAUUAUCGAAUUCGCGUUCGAGGAAAAAAGUGGUAUUGGCCACUGAUAACAAAUGGAUUUGAUGCUGCAAUGGUGAACGCUUGGAAAAUUCAUUGUGCUCUCGUCAAAUAUGAAAAGGGAAUGUCACGUACCACCGAAAGAUGUAUUGUUCAGAAAAUAGAAUUAUUGGAUCAAUUACAGUUCCGUAUUUACGUUGCAGAAUCUUUGCUUCGAAUGGCAAUACCGUCGAUGUCGUCUUCGGAGACGUUGAUUCCACAGUCAACAGCUGUUCGAAAAUCCAAAGACGCCGCUCUGGAGAGUUUUCGUAAAGACAAAGUUGGGCAUGGCAUUAACAAAUUAGAGAAACCUCGUCGUUGUCAAAAUUGUCACAAACAUUCGUCAUAUAAAUGCACAAAAUGCGAUAUACCUCUACAUGUUUUGUGCUUCAAUCAAUUCCAUGAAAUAUAA